AUGAAAAAGUCGUGGCAUCCGCUCCUGAUGAAGAAUCAGGAGCGGGUGUGGCUCGAGGAGAAGAAAGCACUCGAGGAGAAAAAGAAACUCGACCAACUUCGGAAGGAGCUUGAGGAAGAACGUCAACUUCAAGAGCUACAACGACUUCAAGAGGCUCAAACGGGGAAAAAGAAAGUCGAAAAAUUAGAGUGGAUGUACGCAACGCCGGCAACUGGAGGAGGACCAAGCGCAAACGAGUUGGAAGACUAUUUGUUGGGAAAGAAGCGUGUGGAUCAGAUGUUGAAGGGUGACGAGUCUAGCAAGGUCGGUGCAUCACACAAGAACUUUAUUGCGGUACAAAACGCAAAUAAUGUUCGAGACACUGCGGCCAAAAUCCGAGAGGAUCCAAUGUUUGCGAUCAAGCAACAAGAACAAGCCGAAUACGCAUCACUGAUGUCCAAUCCGCUCCGCUUGCGUGCGAUGAAAGAGCGAGCAGGGAUCAUGGACGAAAAAGAUAAGGCAAAGGACAAAGAGGAGCGCAAACGUCUCAAGAAAGAGAAGAAACGUGAACAAAGACAGCGCGACGAAAGAUCUUCAUCACCCAGAGGGCGCGAUUCUCGGCGACACCACGAUCACGAGCGUGAUCGCCAUGAGCACCGACAUAGCCAUCGAAGGGACGAUCGAUCCCGAUCCCCUGAUCGCUCCCCCCGUCGUUCUUCUAGAUAUGAUACUUCUCCUCGUCGCCCCCGCCACGACUCUCCGCCUAGAUACAGGCGCUCGGACGACACCCCACCUCGUCACAGCCGUAGAUCUAGGUCAAGGUCGCCCGCUCGCCCCUCCAGGCAAUACUCUGACAACCACGACAACGAACGACCAUCUGGUUCCCGACCUUAUAGCCGUUCUCGCACACCUCCCCGAUACCGUGAACGUUCUCCAAGGCCACCACCCCGUAAUCGCUCCCCCCCGCCGCCGCGUCGUCGUUCCCCAGUUCCUCAUCGACGGGCUGGUUCGCCCCCUCGUGGCCCACCACAACUCAGCGCUGCCGAACGCGCAGCUCGACUCGCAGCCAUGUCUUCUAACGCCGACGCAAUGCAAGCGGAACGUGACACCCGGCUUACGGAAAUCAAGAAGCUUGAAGAGGCCGAAGCUGCCGCUGAAGAGGCUGCCCGUGCAAAGGCCAGCAAAGAGGGAGGCAAGGGUUCGUUCAUGCGCGACCAAGAGAAAGCUUUGUACGGUGGUGCUGGGAUUGACUUGGCUGAGAGGCUUCGUAGGGGAAGGAAGGACUUGGUUAGAGAGCGUGAUUAG